AUGAAUAUAUUACCCAAAAAGAGGUGGCAUGUCCGUACUAAAGACAAUAUCGCCAGAGUCAGAAGAGAUGAAGCAAAAGCUUUGGAGGAAGAAAAGGCUAGACAAGAUAGAAUAAAGCUUGCUGAUGAGUUUUUAAAGAGGCAAGAUACCAAUGAAGCUUUAGGCAAGAAAAGUUGGUAUAAUGUUGCUCCCGAUAGAUCAGAUAUAAAGCAUGAAGUGAACUUAAAAACGAAAAUUAGGGAGGAUCCUUUGCAUAUUAUUAAAAAGUACAAUCUAGAAAGCAACAAAAAAGUAACACUGGAUGAUAUUCCAUCUACUAGUAGAAGUGUGAAAGAAUUAGAUUCAAUUUGUAGACAAAUAUCAGUGUCGAAACAAACUAAGAAACAUAAACAUAAAAAACACAAAAAGCAUAAAAAACGCAAGUAUUCUACAUCCUCAGACUCUUCAGAAGAUAUGGAACUCAAAAUUGAGAAACAAAAAGAACUUGAAAUCUUGAGAAUGAAAAGGUUAAAGAGAGAAGCUGAAGAAAGAAAAAAGACAAAUGCAGUACUGUCAAAACUAAAGAAGAAAGAUGAUGAACCUGUAGAAAAUAGCAAUAAAGUCAAUAAUUUUAAGGCAAAAUACAAUUCACAAUUUAAUCCAUAUUUGGCAAAACAAAAUUAUACCUAA